AUGUCUGACACCAGUAUCCCCCCAGGAAAAUACUAUCUGGUAAACGUUGCUUCUGGCUCAUAUGCAGGUGUCGGACCUGUCCCGCCCAUAUAUCCUCCGUUUCCUUCACCUCUGAAGGCUGUCGGUCAUGUUAUAAAGGAGCCUUUUACACUCGAGCCCAAGGGAGAGGGGAAGUACAUAAUCACGCAUAAAGCACUUCGUCUCCCAGUCGUUUAUGACGAUGAGGGUAUUGUAAGACUUGCUCGUCAAGGUCAAAAAGCGACGGAAUGGGUUAUUGUUAGGGGUUAUAGACCUGAUCGCUACCGCAUCAAAACAGAUAAGGAUGACCUGUACUGGACCGUGGGAGAGCAGAAUUGGGAUCCGAUUAAAGUAGAGGCUGAAAAUAACGACUCGAGCCAAGAAUGGAGGUUCGAAGAAGCCCAGUGGUAA